AUGUCAUCGACACAUAAUAACAAUGUAGAAGGUUCUCAAUCUGUACCACAAAGUUCGCUGACAGAGCAGCAAAGAGCACAGCAGCAAUAUCAAAUCUUCGAAAACUCAUUACCGAAAAUAAGUCAAUCGGCUUACCAGAUGCUGUUAAAUGAGAUGGUUCCAAUGGCAAUGGGAAUCGAAAAACAGUUAUCAGGUGAUAUUGUUAGUUCUGAAAGCAAUGUGGCUUCGGAAAACGGUAAUAUCAACAGCAUGAUGAAGAAAUUGAAAAUAGAGGAAAAUCAUACUGUAGACAUCAUGUCUUCACACAAUUUGAUAAAUGAAUUGUAUAAAGCAGAAGAAGUGGAAAGGGAAAGAGUUCUAGCAAGGCUGAGGAAUAUGGGGUUCCAGAUUGGAUCAAAGCUGUCAGAACUUUUGAUAUUUUCUAACAAUCCCAAUUUACAAUUCAAAGAAAUGGACCUUUUAUUAAUAAUGAAGUUCGUGUGUAGAGACGUCUGGAAACAAAUAUUCGGUAGGCAGAUUGACAAUUUGAAAACAAACCAUAGAGGAACUUUCUAUCUCCUUGACUAUGACUAUCGACCUAUCCAAUCAUUCUCUUUAAGUGAAGAAGCAAAAGACGAGGAAUUAAAGAUGAUCGAACCCUUUUUAGAAAUACCUGUGGGUAUUAUUAGAGGCGUGUUAUCUUCAUUGGGUUAUUCCUCUGAAGAGGUCAUCUGUUUGGCAUCUUUUAUCGAUAGGCCUACAGAGCGACCUAAAACAACUUUUCCUAAGGGAGUCAGUUUCCAUGUUCAAAUAACAAUGUCACAAUAA